AUGACCACUUCUAACCGCAGAAGUGAUUAUGGUGGUUGCACUUACCCGGGAUGUCUUGUGUAUUUCCAGGCUGCUGAAGAUGUCAAUGUCACUCUAGAAGACCAGCAAAAAAUUAACAUAUUUGCAAGGAAUACGAGCAGAGUUACAGAACUAAAGGAUGAGAUUGAAGUUAAAAAGAAGCAGCUUCAAAAUUUGGAAGACGCGUGUGAGGACCUGAUGAUGUUAGAUGACGGGCUUCUCAUUCCUUACCAGAUUGGGGAUGUUUUUAUUAGCCAUUCGCAGGAAGAGACACAGGAGAUGUUGGAGGCCGCUAAGAGAGCAUUAGAAGAAGAAAUGGAAGCGCUGCAAUCACGUGUGACGUCCAUCCAGCAAGUGCUUGGCGAUUUGAAAGUCCAACUUUACGCCAAGUUCGGAAACAACAUAAAUCUAGAGGCGGACGAAAGCUAAAUAAUCAAACCUUUUCUCUCCUCCUGUAUCCCCAUUUCCUUUUAUUUUAUUUUGUGCCCAAA